AGACCCUAAAGCCCCCAGACCCUGACAGCUCCACAAAGACAGAUGCAGAGACAGAUUUAGAGAUAAACAAGAAGCCUGAGGAAGACAUCUCCUCUGGAUUUAAGAUGACGUGGCGUGAGCUCCGUAGUCGGCGGUUCUGGAGUGCCACGUUGGCUGAGCUGCUCGGCACCCUGGUGUUAGUGAGCGCUGUUCUGGGUGCCUCUGUUCCAGGGCCCGACCAGGCCCCCGUGGGACCCCUAUACCCAGCUGUAGCAGUGGGUGUUGUCAUCGUCUCACUGGCACACUGCUUUGGAGAAAUCAGUGGGGCGCAGGUGAAUCCAGCUCUGACUCUCUCCUUGCUGGCCACCCGGAAGCUGGAUCUUCUCCAUGCCCUCAUUUACAUGGUGGCUCAGUGUUUGGGGGCCUGUUUGGGAGCCUCGGCCCUCUACCUCGCUCUACCUCUCAAAUCCACAGCAGACCAUUUUGUUAACAGGGUUCCCAUAGAAUUGAAUGCAGCACAGGCUCUGUGGAUCGAGGUUCUCUGCACUUUUCAGAUGGUCUUCACCGUCUUCUCUGUGGAGGAGCACAGACGGAAGGAGAGCGUAGAACCAGGAAAUCUGGCCAUUGGAUUUGCUCACUCUGCUGGAGUGAUGAUAGGCGCCCGUUUCUCUGGUGCCAGUAUGAAUCCAGCACGCUCCUUGGGUCCAGCUAUCAUCACUGGAUUCUGGGAAAAUCACUGGGUGUUUUGGAUUGGUCCAAUCAUCGGUGCUCUUCUAGCUGGAGUGUCCCACGAGUUCUUCUUCGCCCGCAGUGCCUCUCGCCAGAAGCUGGUGGCCUGUUUGACCUGCAAGGACAUUGAAAUCAUUGAGACGGCCAGCAUGACUGGGUCAUCUCUGUCCACAGUGACUCAGAACGCCAUGAGAGCCAAGCAUGCCAGCAAACAGGAGAGCAACUGAAGGCGUGUGAGGAGGGACGGUGUUUUAGACAGAAUUGAUGAUGAUGAGCUGAGCUAAGAAGCUUAAGCUCUUUGGACUUCAUCAGCUUUGAAACAUAAAUGAGACUAAAUAAAUGAGCAACUAAUAACAAGGGAAUCUGAUUAUAAUGACAAGAAAACUUGCUUACAAAAUUAAACUGAAAUGCAAGAAUGUGUCCUUCAUCAAGUCCAUUACUGCCUUGUUUUGUUUAAAAAAACAAAUACAAAUCAAUAAUGUACUGAGUUUCACCAUUUUUACAGCUAAAAAGGUUGAUAAACAUCUUUUUUAACACAGAAGAUUUGUUUGAAAAUGCAUUAAAAUAUUAGAGUACAUGAUGCUAAAGCUGAUAUACAAGGUCCAGUGGUGUCUAUCACAUUUAUAACUCAUUAGAAUACGUUGGAAAAAAGAGAGCCAUUGAAAUCCGUCUGAAUAACGCUCUAAUGUUCCAGAUGCAUCUUGUGUUUGUGAGGCUUUGAAAUGCUAAAGAGGCCCAUCCCCCUGGUCUGCAGGUUCAAUGAUGCUCUCAAACAGUCCAGGUCUGUCUCUUCUCACAUGGUCCGCUAUUCAUAGUCAAAUAGGCCUUCAUAGCCAUGUUGUGUUUUGACCGUAAAUACACCUGUAAGCUUUUGUCAUUUAAAAUGGAAACAAUGAGAGUAUGUGCGUUGUUUCUGAGGAAAUGUUUUGCUUUCAUGAAAACCUUUAAGAAUUGUUGUUUCUUGUUAUUAUGAAUUGUUAUUUCUCUCAUUUGGAUGGAUUUUAGACACUAAACCACUUUUUCUUAACUGUAGAUUAUUUUUUCACAUUUCAUAUAGACCCACUGAUUGUAUUGAGACUUCAGAGGAGACAAUGCAGAACAUAAUUAUGGAGCGAAAAGAAAAAUACAAGGUUUCAAGGGUCCUGAAAUCUUGGAAGAACCACCACCUCAGUGUAUAUCUUUGCCUCUUUUGUAUAUCUAGAAACUCAAACACGUUUUGAUUCAGCUUUCCAGAAUCACUCAAGCUCAGUCAUCAUGUGCCCUCAUGUUUCCAUCCAGUAAAUCAUCAAUAUGUCUGUCCAUGAGCGCUAAAACAUGAAUGGAGAUCUAGGUGCUAGAAAGCCACCAGCUGUUCUUCAUAAUAAUGCUCUAACUGGGAUAUUGUUCAUCAUAAAUCUUAUCCUUAGUUUUAUUUUUGUUGCCAAUUGUUACAAAGUUUGUUCUUUUAUACUUUAUUUAUUUUGGGGUGUCUGAGCUUAUUCUGAAUUUAUAUUGCAUUUUCUUGGGUUUCUGGAGGAGAUGAUUCCUUUUCCUCACUCGUAUUUCUCACUACUCUCCAGUUAUGCAUAAGCUGCAGAUAUGCCUGCCAUUAAAUGUAUGUUCUAUCUGUGUUUAGCAGCAAUGCCUUCCUGGAGGAGGCUGAGUUAUUGUUGCCAAUGAUGUGAUGUUCUCUUUCUUCUUUCUUUGUCACAAAGCAGUUGUGAAAAACUAGUGCUUUAAAUAUGAUUUACUAUGUCAUCAUUGUAUUGAGUUUACUACUGGCUCACAGCUUAAAUGUUCAGCUGUUUUUCUGACUGAGCUAUUGCUGUCUUAGCUCUAUAUUUUUCUUAAAUAGGCAGAAUAGUCAAUGACCAAUGUGCUUGGUUCUGUUUUUGUUUUAAUGUGUCCUGCCUGUCUUCUUAAAGUCCAAGCCUGUUGCUGCAGAAGACCUUUCACAUUGAUGCAGGUUCUGCAGUAGGAGGGAUUGCUGCAAAUGUAAUAA